ACCAAUUUUUUGGGUCUCCAGCGGAGUGGUUAAGAAUCCCGAAUAUGAUUGUGCCUUCUUACAGCUACAAUUUCACUACUUCAUUGGUGCUGGAGAUGAGAUAAUCACAUGAGAAAGUGACGCGUCCAGUCGCGACGGCCAGUUUACCUGACUUCUCUCCUUCCUUCCUACACUUGUCCGAACAUCCACGAUGCCGCACCCCGUCGACGAAACCACAGCCCCGGCCGCAGCCAAUCAAGUACAAGUUCGUUAUUAUGGACCUGAGCAUGGCUUCCCCUUUGCGGUCCAAGAGACAUUCAAGCAGCGUGGAAGCGUGCCACCUCCUAAGCCAGAAAAGAGACCUACAGCUCGGAUUGCGCCUCACCGUGCCCUGAAGGCUCCUUCCUCGACAAGCAACAACAUCCCCGUCGAACGCGCCGCCACGCGCAGUCCUACCGCCGAGGCCGCAAAGCUUGUCGCAGCACCAUUUAACACUAGCAACAGUGAACUUCAGGUCGCAAGUGAGCAUCACCUCAGUUUGCUCUUCACUAGACUGGCAUCACUCAACAACGGAAGCGGCGAGGUCGAAUGCGAAGAUGAGGUCGACAGCACAUUCGGGAGUGAUUACGGAAGCGCAGACUCGAUAUCAUGAGUGAAGGAGGGUGAAGCAUGAUCGGCUCGUUGCCGACGCGGUGGGAGGUGACGUUGGAGAUUCGUUAUCGCCUCGCUAUCUUUCCGUUGAGUUGUCCGUCCCAA